CAGGACCAGAGCGCUCUCGGAGCGGGGAAAUGGCGGCGGCAUCAUCGUCGUCGCGUCGCUCGCAGCAGCAUCAUCACCAUCACCCCGCUCAUCCUCCAAGUCAUCACUCGGUCCAGACGCCCGUAUCUCCGCCCCGCAGCCCCAACCUUUCUCCCACCGGAGCUUCCCCUCAGCAGCGGCCCAUUCUGGCCGGACUCGAGGGCGAGGCCCCCGUCAACAGCGGCCGGGAAGGGACGGCGGGAACGGAGAGGCCUUUUUCUCCAGAGAGCGCCUGCGAAAGCUCCGGGCCUCCGCCGCCGGGCUCCGGGGCCAGCAGCGCCGCCACUAGCAGCAGCAGCAGCUCCGGGUCUUCGUCUUCCUCUUCUGCUGCCUCCAGCCCGGCUGCUCCCGACAGCCCCGACCCACCCCCUCCGCCGUUGCAGCCUCUUCCUCCGCCCGUGGGAAGCGGCGCUUUUCGGGAGCUGCUCGAGGCCUGCCGCAAUGGGGACGUAACCCGGGUCAGGCGCCUGGUGGAUGCUACCAACGUCAACGCCAAAGAUAUGGCCGGGCGGAAAUCCACCCCUUUGCACUUCGCGGCAGGCUUUGGAAGAAAGGAUGUUGUGGAGCACCUGUUACAAACAGGAGCUAAUGUCCAUGCUCGUGAUGAUGGUGGACUGAUACCUCUUCACAAUGCCUGCUCCUUUGGCCACGCUGAGGUAGUUAGCCUUUUGCUGUGUCAAGGAGCAGAACCAAAUGCCAGAGACAAUUGGAACUAUACUCCUCUACAUGAAGCUGCAAUCAAAGGCAAGAUAGACGUGUGUAUUGUACUGCUGCAACAUGGAGCUGAUCCAAAUAUUCGGAAUACAGAUGGAAAAUCAGCUUUAGAUCUUGCAGAUCCUUCUGCAAAAGCUGUACUUACUGGUGAAUACAAGAAGGACGAACUCUUGGAAGCUGCUAGGAGUGGCAAUGAAGAAAAACUAAUGGCUUUGUUAACACCUUUAAAUGUGAAUUGUCAUGCAAGUGAUGGGCGAAAAUCAACCCCAUUACAUUUGGCGGCAGGAUAUAACAGAGUUCGUAUAGUGCAGCUUUUACUUCAGCAUGGUGCUGAUGUCCAUGCAAAAGACAAAGGUGGACUUGUGCCUCUACACAACGCAUGUUCCUAUGGACAUUAUGAAGUUACAGAAUUGCUAUUGAAGCAUGGAGCCUGUGUUAAUGCAAUGGAUCUCUGGCAGUUUACUCCAUUACAUGAAGCCGCUUCCAAGAAUCGUGUGGAGGUUUGUUCUCUGUUACUCAGCCAUGGUGCAGAUCCAACAUUAGUCAACUGCCAUGGCAAGAGUGCUGUUGAUAUGGCACCGACACCUGAGCUCAAAGAGAGGCUCACCUAUGAAUUCAAAGGACAUUCCUUAUUACAAGCAGCAAGGGAAGCUGAUUUAGCCAAAGUCAAGAAAACACUUGCCUUGGAGGUCAUUAAUUUUAAGCAGCCACAAUCUCAUGAGACAGCACUGCACUGUGCUGUGUCUUCUCUUCACCCUAAACGGAAACAAGUCACUGAAUUACUGCUUCGGAAAGGAGCCAAUGUCAAUGAAAAAAAUAAGGAUUUCAUGACUCCUUUGCAUGUGGCUGCUGAACGAGCACACAAUGACGUUAUGGAAGUUCUACAUAAGCAUGGUGCAAAGAUGAAUGCACUGGACACACUUGGACAGACUCCUUUGCACAGGGCUGCUUUGGCAGGUCACUUGCAGACAUGUCGCCUCCUGUUGAAUUAUGGCUCCGAUCCCUCCAUCAUCUCCUUACAAGGUUUCACAGCAGCACAAAUGGGCAAUGAAGCAGUGCAGCAGAUACUGAAUGAAAAUACUCCAGUACAUACUUCUGAUGUAGAUUAUAGACUGUUGGAAGCAUCUAAAGCUGGAGAUUUAGAAACUGUAAAGCAACUUUGCAGUCCUCAGAAUGUGAAUUGUAGAGACUUGGAGGGACGUCAUUCAACCCCAUUGCACUUUGCUGCAGGUUAUAAUCGAGUUUCAGUAGUUGAAUACUUGCUUCAUCAUGGAGCAGAUGUACAUGCAAAGGAUAAAGGUGGAUUAGUACCUCUACAUAAUGCUUGUUCAUAUGGACACUAUGAAGUUGCAGAGUUAUUAGUGCGACAUGGAGCUUCCGUCAACGUUGCUGAUUUAUGGAAGUUUACACCGCUACAUGAAGCAGCAGCAAAGGGAAAAUAUGAAAUCUGCAAGCUCCUUCUCAAACAUGGAGCAGAUCCAACCAAAAAGAACAGAGAUGGCAACACCCCUCUGGACUUGGUGAAAGAGGGAGAUACUGAUAUCCAGGACCUGCUGCGAGGGGAUGCUGCCCUGCUGGAUGCUGCUAAAAAGGGCUGCUUGGCACGAGUUCAGAAGUUAUGCUCUCCAGAAAACAUCAAUUGCCGGGAUACCCAGGGCCGAAACUCCACCCCGUUACAUCUUGCUGCUGGUUAUAAUAAUUUGGAAGUUGCUGAGUAUCUUCUAGAACAUGGUGCUGAUGUAAACGCUCAAGACAAGGGAGGAUUAAUUCCACUACAUAAUGCGGCAUCCUAUGGGCAUGUGGAUAUAGCAGCUCUAUUGAUUAAGUAUAAUACCUGUGUAAAUGCUACAGAUAAAUGGGCAUUUACGCCAUUGCAUGAAGCAGCACAAAAAGGAAGGACGCAACUCUGUGCACUACUUCUAGCUCAUGGAGCAGAUCCAACAAUGAAGAAUCAAGAAGGCCAAACCCCUUUGGAUCUUGCCACAGCUGAUGAUAUCAGAGCCCUGCUUAUUGAUGCAAUGCCUCCUGAAGCCUUGCCAACGUGCUUUAAACCUCAGGCCACUGUUGUUAGUGCCUCUAUCAUUUCGCCAGCAUCCACUCCAUCUUGUUUGUCUGCUGCCAGCAGUAUAGAUAACCUUGCAGGACCUCUGGCUGAAAUUGCAGUGGCAGGUGCAUCUAAUGCUGGAGAUGGAGCAACAGGAACAGAGAGGAAAGAAGGAGAAGUUGUUGGUCUUGAUAUGAAUAUCAGCCAGUUUUUGAAGAGCUUGGGUCUGGAGCAUCUCCGGGAUAUAUUUGAAACAGAACAGAUUACCUUGGAUGUACUAGCAGACAUGGGUCAUGAGGAGCUGAAAGAAAUUGGCAUCAAUGCCUAUGGGCACCGUCACAAGUUAAUAAAAGGUGUAGAGAGGCUUCUAGGUGGGCAACAGGGCACCAAUCCUUAUCUGACUUUUCACUGUGUCAGCCAAGGGACAAUUUUUAUAGAUCUUGCUCCUGAUGAUAAAGAAUACCAAUCUGUAGAAGAGGAGAUGCAGAGCACCAUCAGGGAACAUAGAGAUGGCGGUAAUGCUGGGGGAAUCUUCAACAGAUAUAAUGUCCUUAGGAUUCAAAAGGUCGUGAAUAAAAAGCUAAGAGAGAGAUUUUGUCAUCGUCAGAAAGAAGUCUCGGAAGAAAAUCAUAACCAUCACAAUGAACGCAUGUUGUUUCAUGGAUCUCCUUUUAUUAAUGCUAUUAUUCACAAAGGAUUUGAUGAAAGACACGCAUACAUUGGAGGGAUGUUUGGAGCUGGAAUUUACUUUGCAGAAAAUUCCUCUAAAAGUAACCAAUAUGUAUAUGGAAUUGGAGGAGGCACAGGCUGUCCUACACAUAAAGACAGGUCCUGCUAUAUCUGUCACAGACAAAUGCUUUUUUGCCGUGUGACAUUGGGAAAGUCCUUCUUGCAGUUUAGUACCAUGAAAAUGGCCCACGCCCCUCCCGGACAUCACUCUGUAAUUGGCAGGCCAAGCGUCAAUGGGCUCGCCUAUGCUGAGUAUGUCAUCUAUAGAGGGGAACAGGCUUACCCUGAGUAUCUCAUUACAUACCAAAUUGUAAAGCCAGAUACUCCCUCACAGACAGCAAUGGCUGCAGAACAGAAGACCUAGUAGAUGCUGGUUCAUUGAAGUAGAUUACGUGACUUACGGACUGGAUGGUGGAGAUUAGUUUCAGAACAUCAAAGUUAUAUGGAAUUCUCAUCAUUCUGGAACUGCUUUAAGUGUUUUAUAAAGCAUUGUUCUGUAAAUGAAUCUGAGUAACUGAUAUGUACUCAAUUGCUACUAUUCCUUUUGAGGAAAUGUUUACAAAGAUUUGCCUUUUAACAUCCUAUCUCAGGCUCACUUUCCCUGCAGUUGCCACGUGUGCAAUGAGAACAUCACUGCUUCAAUCUGGAUAUAUGGAAAUGUAAUGUGUAGUGCUGUGGCUACAAUCCUUUUGAAAGAACAGCAGCAACAGCUGUAGUGAAGUGCAGAGCCUCUGUUGAACCCAUGCCAUCCUCUCAACCUGCAAGGCUGGUUUUCCUUUUUAGAAGUCUUUAGUCAGUUAUUUAUUUUCGUUUUAUUCUUCUGUUACAAAAAUGAGCCAGACCCUCCUUGAGGAUAUUUUUGCACAAAGUCAAUUUGACUAAAAUCACUUAACAAUGCAAUAGGAAUUUCUUAUCCAAGGUGUUAGAGAUACAGUUAUUUGGUCUGGGAUUCUUUUUGCACUUUUUAUGAAUUCUUUUAUGUUGCUAAGAACAUAAUUUUAAGGUAGAAGUCCUGCUUUAUCCCUUUCAAGUUUCUCUUUCUUUAUAAGAUGUUCAUGCUAGCAUCCAUAUAGCAGCUUCUCUGGGAAACGGUCUCUGUUCCUCUGUUUUGCUUUCUCAUUGCUUUCUCGUGUCUAAUAUUCCAGUAGCACAGUUUGGAUGUGUCUGAAAAAAUGCAUAGGAAACAUGUGUUGGAUGAAACUGAAUAGACACAGGAUCCUGUUUUCUCUCUGCCCUUGCUAAGUGAGGUUGUAAGCAAGUUAGUGAGAUUCCUGAAGGAAUUUGAUGUCUUCUGUGGGUAUUUGUUCUGAGGUUUUUUAAAUAUUUUCAUCAGAUAAUGAACAGCAAGGGAGCAGAGAUGUGAGCCAGAAGCCUAAUCUAGUUCUCACAUGUGUGUAAACUCCAAAAGGACCAUUUUUUUUCAUAAAGGGCGUAUUAGAGUAUAAAAGUUAACUGUAAAGCUUGCUUGAGGCCCUUUUUCCUUCAAUAGGAAUAUUCUGUUAUUCCUUAUAUUAUGUCUGGAUUCAUUCAUAGGUUAAAUUCCAUGCAAAUAUCCUCCAACACCUUAGCCCCUUACCCCCAUAUAUAUAUACAUAUAUUUGUAUUAUUGCAGAAGACUGCUUAGUUACUAAUUGAUUUCUAUUCAUUAAAUUCAUCCUCCCCCAGAUUUUCUUUGUGACGAAUCCACUUACAUAUCAUUGUCAUCGUCAUUAAUAUAAUAUCACAAAAUCUGCCAAUGAAAACUAUCUCCCUGCCCUCCCCAAAACAUCAUUUUUAAACAAUUCAACGACUUUCAAGGAAAAACGAACAGUAGUAGAGAUCUAUAAGUAGAAUAUAUAAUGGAGAGAGACUGCAAUAUUGCUUUGCAAAAUCUUUGGUAAGUAAAACAGCCAAAGAAAGUUUGCUUAUAAUAUAGUUCUUCCGUGGAAGUUUUUUAUUCCUUGAAAGUAAAGGUAUUAUAUUAUGAAACCUACUGGCACCUGCUUGGAAAUGGGCAAUGGUCUUACCUGAUGAACAAAGCCACUACCAAAAAUCUUCCUCCAAAGACAUUUCUAAUAUAUAUUAGAAAAAUAUACCUAAUGCAUAUUAGAAUAAUGUACAGUUUACAAGAAAAAUCAUGUAAACAUUUGUCAACUUCAGCACUUGACCGAGAAGAUGAAACAAGGUAACUUGCUGUGAAUCUUUCAUUUUCGCUUCUGUUGUUUGAGGUCACUCAGUCUGCCUGGGUUUCUCGGCACGAGAUGACAUAAGGCCCAAAGCUCACCAAGAUCAUUUACCUCUAAAAUAAAUAUCCAAAUUUGGAAAGGAUACAGAUGAUGAACAUUCACUUAGAAAUCUCUGUUUUUAAGCACAGCUCCGGACAAAGUGCUAACUGUGGUUGAAUUGCAAAUAUUUGUGAAACUCUACAUUUUGACAGCUUCACGUGGAUAUGAAUUAGGACUCGGCUGUUUUUCACAUUUAAUCCAAAUGGUUCACAUGAAUGUGGAAGCCUAAUGCUCUUUCUCCAGUAAGAGAGAAUAUUGAUUCUGUGGUUGUCUUUUCCUCCAGUGUGAUGGUUAAUCUAAUGGGUAAUUUAAAUUCUAAAUUCCGAGGAUCUCACAUUGCUCCUGUUUUGUAACAUGUUUCGUGUAGACUAAAAGGUGCUGUCCAAGGAAUUCCAUUUUCAGUUACUUGUGUCUUGUAGUAAUGUAAUUUUUGUUACUCCUUUAAAUAUACAUGCACUCAAGUCUUCAGAGAUCUAAAAUUGCAAACAUAGCGUUUAAUGUCAUUCAAUGUAACACAACAGUUAAUGUUCUCACAUAUAGGAGUUGACAAUUGCUGCAAAGGACUUUUACACUUGAUUCUGAAAUAUAUUUCUUUGGGAUAAGACUUAAACUAAUACAUGCAGUAGAUUAUCUCUCAAUAUGUUCUGAAUAGAAAACCUGAUAAGUGCUUUGGUCAUAUAUGCGCACAAUCUUCAAAGUAACAAAAGUGGUGUUAGCCUUAAAUAAAUUACAUUUGGGGCUUUCUUCAACCCACUGGGGUGAAAAAUCCCAGCUACAUCAAGAGAUGAUAAGAUGCCAUAAAUCUAGUGCCAUUCAUUGGUUUUGUCCCACUCUGAGAGAGAUGUAUAGAUUGAGACUUUUUCAGAAAUUAAACUUGACGGGCUUAAUGUCACAGUACAAUGUUGGAUAUGACCAUUAUCUACAGUAUGUGGGCUUGAUCCUAGCACUUGUAACCAUAAUUAGGAAUUUUAAGUACCCCGAUCAUUUGUGACGGUUACACUUAGUACAAAUAGCAGUAAAUCUGCUUGCAGCAACAUUUAGUUUUGAAAGGGACCCUACAGCCAAUUCAUUGAUGAAUAUGUUUAUAUGAUGUAUGUAUUUGCAACAACACAUUUGUUGUAUUACAUGUUUAGGUGCAUACCUAUAAAUAUAAAUUGGUGAAUAAUCCGUUGAGCAUAUUUUUUUAAUUACAAUCCUGGGAGCUGGGAAAUGGGGGUUGCAAGCUACAAUAAUGUCUUUGGCUAUUUUUGGUUGCCCUAGUGUCACAUGCCAUUGUGAGGAGAGGAGAAAGGAGGAGAGAUUGGAUAAGCUGAUAGCUACUUUCUGCUUUGUUUGUUGCUUGGAUUUACAAAAACAAAUAGAUUUGGCUUUUUCUCUAAGUUAAUUGUUUCAUAUAAGAAACAAAGGAUGGGGUGGUCUCAUAGUUGCGCUCUCCUCAGACUAUCAUAUAAACUGAAGGAUAGAAGUGGAAUAAAGAGAUAUUUAAAAUAGCUAUCAAUUGAAAAAUACAGCAUAUUUUAAAAUUUCCAUCCAUUGAAGCCUCUGAAUUCUCUGAAUAUAUUCAUAAUCUGAAAUGCAAAAUAUAUUACAGCUUUCUUUAGAAAUCCCAACCAAUUCAGAAAUGGUACCUUAUGAAUAUAAUCUCUUAAGACUAUAUAAUUUCCAAACCAUGGGAUAUUUGGUUUCAAAUGUUUUGCAUACCUUGGAUUUAAGUAAGGUUAAAUCUUUCUCUACAAACCUCGAAAGUUCCAGGAAUCUUGGGAAUGGUCAUCAUUUUUAUUGUAGUAUAAUCCUCAGCAUUCUUAAAUACCUGAGAUGACAUCGUGAAUUGCUUUCUGCCAUGAUGAUAUUCCAAAUAGUAAUGGGGUUUUUUUUUCCUUCUGAGAAACGACAAUAUUAAACAUAUACGAGAGAACAUUUUAUUGUCCAAAGGUGGGCAGCUGCUGUUUUUAGAAUGAAGAGAAAAAAUUUCCAGAUUGGAAUCUUCAGGUAAAGCAGCAAUUUCAUAGGAGAUCUAUGAGCUGAUACCAGUAUAAUGACUGAUUGUAAUGUACAGACUUGAAUUGGGGUGAAUGUUCAGGCCAAUCACUACAGCUGCGUGUUUCACACUUUUUUUUAUCCAUUGUAGGCCAAGCAGCAGUUCCAAGAAGGCAAUUUUCAGUUGGGAAAUGUCACAAAGAGAACAAUUGGAAGGAUUUCCCCUACUUGGAAAAAGAAUAACUGGAGUGUUAGUUAGUUCAUAGAUCUUCCAUGAUAUAUGUUUCAGCCCUUAAGGAAUCAAAUUGAAUAAACGCAGGGAUGACUCAACCAGUAGGUAGAAGAUUGAGAUUUAAAAGACAAACAAAUCACCAGCUAUUUAUUUUCUCUCAGUAUGGUGGGAGAAUUUUCUCCCCAGGUGGCAAAACAUUUUCAAUUCCAUCUGCCUACUAAAAUUUGUCGCUUUGGAAAAUUUGAUUUUUACAUAUGCUUUCAACUUGAUGUACAUGCACGACAUUCUGUCCUCUCUUAUUUUAAUACUAUUUUUUUAGUUCCUUCCCGCAAGCCACAACUGCAUAUUAUCAUAUCCUGGUGUGACUAAGACACAACUACAUAAAUAACCAAAUGCAGUCUGAAGCAUGUUCUCACAGCAGCAUAAAGCAUAAACAAAUGUACCAUUUGAAUUCUAGUUCCUAUUUACAAGAACGAAGCCAACAUGCAAAGUCCACUACCAGAGUCCAUCACCUUGAAGGCCUGGCUAUAUAACUUCAAUGAUUCUUGUGGUCCAAAUGUCUUGCUUUGUGGGUAGUGUAUGGGCUAUUGUAAAUGUGGACAAAGCCAAUGAAAUUGCUGUCGGCUACCAUGUUUUAUGCAAUUACUAUCUAGUUCAUAAAGAUGCUAUCUAAUAAUAGAAGAGUUAACAUUUCUAGUAUUUCCUUACAUGAUGGCAGCUCCUUAUGGAAAAGUAUAACAAGGCAUUCUACCAUCAUUCUUUUUUACCAUUCAUUCUAUCAUGAUUCUUUUUAAGCAAGAAUAUAAACUCUACGCAAAAGAAACUCCAUUUUUGCUAGAGACCUUAUUUCCAGAAUUCAAAUACAACUGUAAGCCAUAAUGGGGUUGGUUUGUUUUAAAAUUACUGUAGUACAGUGCACAAACUUAUCUACCAUGGUUUAUUUCUUGGGUGGGUUCUAAAACUGAGAGUAUAUAUAUAUAUUCACCUUUUUCUAAUACCGGUAACAGCUUCUCAGUAUUUUGCAGCCAAUGGAAGCAAGAUUUACAUAUGCUGUACUUUUUUUUUCAUAGCUUUGGAAAAAAUAUAGAAUUGGAACUGCCUGGCUUCCUAAUCGUGUCUCCAGUAAAACAUAAGUUGUGUAGCUAUCAGAUUAUGAAUAUUUUAUGUGAGAGAACAACAACCAUAGCUAAAAUUCUAGAAUCAAAAUUUCUAUGGUUUGAAAGCAGAGCUCUGGUGUUAUUCAUUUCUUGAGUGUCCCCUCCUAUAAUGCCAAAAUUACACCAAAUUAUUCAAAAAAAAAAAAAAGAUAAAACAGUAAGUUAUGAGAAAUAGAAUCAUCUAUAUUUGUUCUAUUUAUAAAAUUUACACUUGGUGCCAGAUGUUAAUGACUUAGAGCAAAAUUCAUAAUGCAUAAUUGUGCUUUGCACAAGAGUUUUAUGGUGUAGUUUCCUUCAUGCUUUAUUAGUUGGGGAAAUCAUGAGGCAGACUAAGUAACAGAACAGUUUUCAAAGAAGUAGCUGUACAACAUCUAUUGAAUCAGUCUUUUAGCAGUUUAAAGGCUGACAAAUACAUUAUAGCAUUUGCUUGUUUAUGGAGCAGAAAUGUUCCAUAAAAGUUUGUGCCAUAAUAUAAGGCACAUUUUCCUUAUCCUGUCUUCCGUUCAUGUUCCUUUUAGUCUGUAGGUUUGAAGUAAAAAAAGACAAAAUAUACAUCUAAAUAUCUGUAUGUCACUGACCACCGUUUUUGUAAUUUAUUGAACAAAGUAGAUGUUUUUGUGUACCGGUUCUGCGGAAAAAUAGUUACUGGUAAAAGGUUUUAAAGGCUUUGUUUAUAGUGCAAUUUCAAUAUUUUUUAAUUUAUUUGUAAUGCCUUCAAGACUUCCAGCAAGUUUUCACAAUUGGUGACUUUGUUUAUAUAGGUUGAUGGCCUCUGCAAAAACAAAUAUCACUUUAGAUCAUCGUGGCAUCUCAUUUAUUUUUAUAGGCAUUGAAGUACUAG